AUGACUGGUAUUCUGGAAGUUAAGUCGUUUGACGUGUGGGGAAUAGAGUUUAUGGGACCUUUCCCGUCAUCUUAUAAUAACAAGUACAUUCUACUUGCGGUGGACUAUGUUUCUAAAUGGGUAGAAGCUGCAGCAACUCCUAAUUGUGAUAGAGUUCAUCAUCGAAAGGCAUUAUUCUACCAUCCACUUGCAAAUGACCAAGCAGAAGUGUCAAAUCACGAGAUUAAAAGCAUCUUGGAAAAGACUCUAAAUACAUCAAGGAAGUAUUGGUUGAAAAAGAUAGAUGAUUCACUUUGGGCUUAUUGCACAGUAUUCAAGACUCUGAUAGGUAUGUCACCAUAUCGAUCGGUGUUUGGUAAGGCGUGUCAUUUACCGGUGGAGCUUGAGCACAAAGCUUACUGGGUUGUGAAAAAUUUAAACAUUGACCUCUUUAUGGCGGGACAAAAUGGGCUUAUGGAGUUGAACGAGCUCGAAGAAUUCCAAAAUGAAGCUUAUGAGAAUGCGAGGGUUUAUAAAGAUAAGUCGAAGGCCUUUCAUGAUAAGUGGAUACUUAGGAAGGAUUUUCAACUAGGAGACAAAGUACUGUUAUUCAAUUCUAGACUUAAGCUCUUUCCCGGUAAAUUGAAGUCAAGAUGGUCAGGACCAUACACAGUAGUUGCUUCAUUUCCAUAUGGAGCGAUGAAAAUUCAUAGUGAGAAGAUGGGACACUUUAAGGUGAAUGGUCAGAGAUUGAAGCAUUAUUUGGAGGGCCCGGUGGAAAAAUGCAAGUCUGUGGUGAUUAUGGAACCACUCUGA